AUGGAGCUCGGGGAGAGGAAGAGGCUCCUGUCUGCCUCGUCGGAUGGAGACUGGAGAGAAGAAAACAAAUUAAAACGAGGGAUUUCCCAAGACUUGUGUUCUUCCCCCAAACUAGACAGAUACAAGAUAGCAAGACAACUGACAGAAAAGGCGAUCAAGGAAAAGAAGAUUUUCUCCAUCUAUGGCCACUACCCGGUGAUUCGGGCAGCCCUGCGGAGGAAGGGCUGGGUGGAGAAGAAGCUGCACUUCCUGCCCAAGGCGCUUUCAAACCCUGGUGCUGAAAGUAAGCAGGCCGAAGGCAAAGAAAACCAGGAGGUGCCCUUGGAGGAAACCGACGACAUCCACGACUUGAUGUCCAGGUUGGUGAGAAAUGAGAUGCCCUACUUCCUCUGGACGAUCAAAAGAGACUCCAUCGACUACCACAGCCUGGGCUGUGACCAGAUGCUGAACCACUAUGGAAAGACGGCUUCCUUCACCACCAAGAUCGGGCUGUGCCUGAACUUGAGGAGCUUGCCAUGGUACGUCCAGGCCGACCCCGACGCCUUCUUCCCGCGCUGCUACGGCCUGUGUUCCGACAGCGAGAAGCAGGAGUUCCUGGAUGACUUUCGACGUACGGUGGCCUGCAGCGUUCUCAAGUGGGUGGUCAGCCACAGGGGCGCAGCCCAGAGCAGGAAGACGGGGGAGGCCAAGGACAGUGACCCUGACACCCAGAACGGUCCCGAGAAGGACGCGAAGCUCGAGGGCCUGUCGGAGCAGCUCGUGGACCUGGCCUGCCGGGUGUGCCAGGCCCGCCUGGGGCAGCUGGAGCACGAGGACCUCGACGAACCCGAGGACGCCGCCAGGGACCCCACGGAGGACGAGUGGAAGGAGCUGACCCAGCAGUACUACUCACUCAUCCGUGGCGACGCCUUUGUCUUGAAUUCAGGAAGUCACCUUUCGCAGUGCCAGGCUCUGCUGAACAGAAUCUCCUCCGUGAGCCCUCAGACAGAGAUUGACGGGCUGCGAAACAUCUGGAUAGUCAAGCCUGCGGCCAAGUCCCGGGGCCGAGACAUCGUGUGCAUGGACCGCGUGGAGGAGAUCCUGGAGCUGGUGGCGGCUGACCACUCCUCCACCAAGGACAAGUGGGUGGUGCAGAAGUACAUCGAGACGCCGCUGCUCAUCCACGGCACCAAGUUCGACAUCAGGCAGUGGUUCCUGGUCACCGACUGGAACCCCCUGACCAUCUGGUUCUACAAGGAGAGCUACCUGCGGUUUUCCACGCGGCGCUUCUCCCUGGACGACCUGGACGGGGCCAUCCAUCUCUGCAACAACUCCAUCCAGAAGCACCUAAGGAACGACAAGGACCGCAGCCCGCUGCUGCCCCCCCACAACAUGUGGACGAGCACCCGGUUCCAGGAGUACCUGCAGAGGAGGGGCCAGGGCUCCGUGUGGAGCAGCGUCGUCUACCCCUGCAUGAAGCGGGCCAUCGCCAACACCAUGAAGGUGGCCCAGGACCACGUGGAGCCCCGCAAGAACAGCUUCGAGCUCUACGGCGCCGACUUCAUCCUGGGCCACGACUUCAAGCCCUGGCUGAUCGAGAUCAACUCCAGCCCGGCCAUGCACCCCUCCACCCCGGUCACGGCGCAGCUGUGCACGCAGGUGCAGGAGGACACCAUCAAGGUGGUCGUGGACCGGAAGGGCGACCGCAGCUGCGACGUCGGCAAGUUCGAGCUGCUGUGGAGACAGCCUGCCGUGGACCUGCCGCCAGCCCACGGGUCCGACCUCUGCGUGGAAGGCGUCAGCGUGAGGAAAGCCAAGAAGCAAACGCCGCCCACGCCCGGCCUGAAGUUUUCGUCUCCGCUCUUGGACCCUCAGCUGCUGAAAGUGAGGUGCCCUUCGGUCAGCGCGGUCCUGGCGCCCGGACCCCCACAGACGGCUCUGCAGCAGGACCUGAAGCUGAAAGACGGAAAGCUUCUGGUGCAGCAGGACCUGGCUUGUCCUGGGGGCCGGGCUGGCCCCAGCCUUGGGGAGCGCAUUUCCGGGCUGGGGCUCAGCAGCUGCUCCAGGAUCCAGGAAGCUCUGGGCUGCUUUGCAUAG